AUGGCUAAUGUGUUUAAGGAAGACGAUGAGGCUCUUCUGUGCUUCCAAAGCUCUUCUGUUGUAGCUUCUCACAACUGGGUUAGCAAGAAUUCGAGCCAUUUAUAUCCCUCUAGUGCAGUGAGGAAUAGUAUAGUGAAGUGGUCAGACUGGAUUGACAAACUCCUAGGAGGUAUGGAGGUCAUUGGAAAACGGCUGGGAAAGAUGACUUCAUCCUUCUGUCCAAGAAAUCUAUGA